CACGUGUAUGUGUUUCUAACCUUGGAACUUCUUAUCUCCUUGCCUGCUAGGUAUGUAUGUAUGUACUGUAUUCUGUAUUGUAUUGUACCUACCAGCCUACCUACAUAUUAGCAGGGCGGUCUAUACCACGCGUUCGAUGAUACGCAUCCAAUGCUUCUCGACAGCCCUACACCUGUACUCAAAACCAGGUCAAUUUCGAUCAAUUUUUCUAAAUGACUCAAUUCGCCAGUCAGAUAUGCAUAGCAACCACGGUUUCCACGGAUACGCGGCCUAGGAAAGACGGUGUACCCGGGCGUCCCGGCCCCUAAACGGUAUCCAUAUUCGGCAAGCCAAGCUUGAAUAAUUUCCCGCCGAAAGGGGAAGACUC